CAAACUUUUUUAAAUUUGAACGGACAUGUACGUUCAGCGUAGUCGCGCGUGAAUAAAAGCCAUUUGUUGCUCGCGAAACGAAUUUGAUUGCUGCAAGUGUUUAGUGCAUUUACCCAGCGCCCCCAACACCACCACCACCACCCACAAUUGAGUGAAACAAAAGUCAGAGGGGCCCCCCUGUGCGUCGUCGCCUUUGUGUUCUUGUGCUCUCGGUGCGCAUUUCGGUUUUCAAGUGGCUGGCACUCCGCUGCCGCUCUCCCCCCCGCAGCUUCUUGUGCGCGAGUGCGUGUGCGUGUGCGUGGCGUGGCGCGCGACCAUGUUCUGGCCAUAAAGUGCAGUCCGCAGUCGCAGUAGCAGUAGCAGUAGCAGUAAAACAGCAGUUAAUCCAAGUGAAAAAUAAGUGAAAUAAAAGCGAUUACAACAAAUGGAUAUGUCGGAGGCCGAGCACAAGGCCCUGUCUUUGUCGCUGGCAAUCUCGCCUCAGCGCAUUGGCAUCCAGUCCUCUGCAGAACCCGAUCAGCAGCAGCAGCAGCAGCAUCUGCUGCUGCAUCAGACCACACAGUCGCUGCUCAUGGCCAGCUCCAUGAUGCAGUUCAUAGAUGGAGGAGCGAUGGCCCAACCCCAGCCCCAGCCCCAACCCCAGAUCCAGUAUAGCGUGGAGGAUCUGCUGCGGGAGAAUCAUGCGCUGCAUGCCAGGGUCAAAGAGCUGAGUGUCGAGCGGGAUCGUUUGCUCUGCGAGGUCUCCAAUCUGCGCCUGGAGCUGGACAUGUCGGAGCUGAAGCGAUUGCCCGUCGUCGACCUGGACAUGGAGGGCUUUCCCCAAAAGAGCAUUGAACGCAGCGGCUCCACACAGUACGAUCUGGCUGGGGCGCCGCCACCCGGCGGCUCCAGCACAGCCUCCACCACCGACAGCGGCAGCGUUGGGGGCUAUGUCUACCUGCAGAACCACUAUGCGCCCGGCGCCCACAACGCCGCCGCCGCCAUCAAUUACCCAACGCAGCAUCACCAUCCCCAGAUGAUCUACCAGCUCCAGCAGUACCCCACGUGCCAUCAGCAGCAGCAGCAGCAACAACAACAGCAGCAGCAGCAGCAGCACCUGCACCAGGCAGCUGCAGGACACUACAUGCAGGUGACAUCGACGACAGCGGGAGGAUCAUCGGCCUACCACCACCACCAAAUGCUCCACGGGGGACAGCAUGGACAGCACCAUGCACACCAUCACGGCCACGGCGGAGCGGUGGUCAUUGCCGGCAGCGGCGUGGGCACUGGCAUGGGAGCAGGCACCGUGAUCAUGCAACAUCAGCAGUUGCAACAGAUGCAUCACCAGCAGCAGCACCAGCACCAGCACCAGCACCAGGGAAUGUACAAGAAGAACUCGAUCCGCAAUGGCGGCGAUGUUCUCAAGCGCGGACGGGCACAGUCAGCCUACGAACUCUCACAAGAUCUGCUGGAGAAGCAGAUCGAGCUGCUGGAGCGCAAGUACGGCGGAGUGCGGGCCCGCAACGCGGCGGUGACCAUCCAGCGGGCAUUCCGCCACUACAUGAUGGUGAAGAAGUUUGCCUCCAUCACGGCCAUGGCCAAGGCCGAGAAGCGGCUCAGCCGCCGCAUGGUGGUGACAUCCUCCAGCCUGGGUCUGGCCGAGGAGAAUGCCUCCUCGUCGGCCUACGGCAGUGCCACAGAAUCUCAAUUGGAUCAGCAGCAGCAGCAGCAACAACAACAACAGAUGCAGCAACAGCAGCAGCAGCAGCCACGUGUCACCAUUAUGGCGGGUCCGGCAGGAGCAGCCUCCCCGGGACUCUCGAGGACGCCACCCACUCGUUCUCUUUCGAUGCGGGAGCGACGACAGCUGGACUGCAGCCCCAUACCAAGGAGUCAAUCAGGCGCCUCUCCCGUAUCGAUUACGGGGUCCACAGCCACCGCCGCUGGACUGGCCUCCCAUCCGCAUGUGAAUCUGCUGCACGCGGCCGAGCCGCAUUACUACAAUGCCCAGGGAGCCGCCUACUACACCAGCUACCACGGAUCGCCGCACGACCUGAGCUACGCCAGCUCCGCGGACGUCUCGCUGAACGCCUCGUGGGUGAACGCCAGCGGCCACAGCCCCCACACGCCCUACUACUCGGCUGCACAGAUCUACAUGCGCCCCAAGGGCGGCAGCACCACGCCCACACCCAGCUGCAGCGGCAGCACGGGCAGCGGCAGCGGCAGUGGCAGCGGUAGCUGCAAGAAGGUGCCCCCCGAGGUGCCCAAGCGCACCUCCUCCAUCACGGCCCAGCAGCAGAGUCAGCUGCUGCUGCUACAGCGGCAGACACCGCCUCCGCCCUCGCUGUUGCGUACCAACGGGCUUUGCAAGACGGCGGAGAACGGCAGCCUGACCUCCGUCCAGAGCUCCGGCUCGGACUCGAGCGUCACUUCGGCGGAGAGGAAUAUGAACAGCGACCUGGGGUCCGAUCGCAGCAACUCCCCGCACACGUGGAAGCGGGGAACGGCUCUGAACAGCUCCCAGCAGUUCUCCACGCACUCGGCCGACUCGGUCUCGGUGCCCGUUGGAGGUGGAAGUGGAGGAGGAGCCGUUGUGGUCUCUGGAGCAGCCAUAGCUGCUGCUGGCCCAGGAGCGUAUGCCGCACAGAUGCAGGCAGCCGUGGCAGCGGCGACAGCGGCGGGCGGACUGCCGCCGGCGGACGAUCAUGCCAUCUCAUCGCACACCAGCGCCGCGCAGUACGAGCAGCACGAGCAGCAACAGCACGAGCAGCAGCAGCUGCAGGCAGCGGCCUCCGCAGCCGGCGUGGCCCAGAACUACAAGAUGUCGGAGACCAUACGGAAGCGGCAGUAUCGCGUGGGCCUCAAUCUGUUCAACAAGAAGCCGGAGAAGGGUAUCACCUAUCUGAUCCGGAGGGGCUUCCUCGAGAACACGCCGCAGGGCGUGGCCCGGUUCCUGAUCACCCGCAAGGGCCUCUCCCGCCAGAUGAUUGGCGAGUAUCUGGGGAAUCUGCAGAACCAGUUCAACAUGGCCGUACUCAGCUGCUUCGCCAUGGAGCUGGACCUGUCCGGCCGCCAGGUGGAUGUCGCUCUGCGCAAGUUCCAGGCCUACUUCCGGAUGCCCGGCGAAGCGCAGAAGAUUGAGCGGCUGAUGGAGAUCUUCUCGCACCGCUACUGCGAGUGCAAUGCGGAUAUUGUGGGGCGCCUGAGAUCAUCCGAUACGAUCUUUGUGCUGGCAUUUGCCAUCAUCAUGCUCAAUACGGAUCUGCACACGCCCAAUCUGAAGCCGGAGAGGCGCAUGCGCGUCGAGGACUUCAUCAAGAACCUGCGGGGCAUCGACGAUUGCCACGACAUUGACAAGGACAUGUUGAGCGGCAUCUACGAGCGCGUCAAGUCGGACGAAUUCAAGCCGGGCAGUGAUCACGUCACCCAGGUGAUGAAGGUGCAGGCCACGAUUGUUGGCAAGAAGCCGAAUCUGGCGCUACCCCACCGCCGCCUGGUGUGCUAUUGCCGCCUCUACGAGAUACCCGACGUGAACAAGAAGGAGCGGCCGGGCGUCCACCAGCGCGAGGUGUUCCUCUUCAACGACCUGUUGGUCAUCACCAAGAUCUUCAGCAAGAAGAAGACCUCCGUGACGUACACGUUCCGCAACAGCUUCCCGCUCUGCGGGACUGUGGUUACCCUGCUGGACAUGCCCAACUAUCCGUUCUGCAUCCAGCUGUCGCAGAAGGUCGACGGCAAGAUCCUGAUCACCUUCAAUGCCCGCAACGAGCAUGACCGCUGCAAGUUUGCCGAGGAUCUCAAGGAGUCCAUCAGCGAGAUGGACGAAAUGGAAUCGCUGCGCAUCGAGGCAGAGCUGGAGCGCCAGAAGUCGGCGCGCAACCGGGCACCGGGGAACGCAGAGAACCGCGAUAGCGGAGUGGCCGAUGUGGAGGUGUGUCCCUGUCCCUACGGCUCCCAGCCCGGCGGCGGCUCCCAGGCAGCCGGCGAGCAGGCAGCAGGCAACUCGGCCGACUCCACGCAGCAGCUGAAGCGCAGUGCGCUCAGCAACAGUCUACUGGACAUGCACGAGCAAUUUGGCAACGAGAAGCCCCAGCGGCGGGGUAGCGUGGGCUCCCUGGACAGCGGCAUGAGCAUCUCCUUUCAGUCGACCACCACGUCCAGCGCCUCGCGGGAGAACGCUGCGGCCAUUGCAGCUGCUGCCAACGCCGCGGCGGCCGCCAAGAUGCGUUUCAACAUGCCACCAACGGCAGCGAUCGCCACUCCCAGCAACGUGUAUGCAGCGCCAGGAAUGCAGGCGUACACGCAUGCAAACUUUGUGCAGCAGUCGCAGGCCGCCUACAUGCUGCAGCAGCAGCAAAUGCUCCAGCAACAGGCACAAAUGCAGGCCCAGGCGCAAGCUCAAGCGCAGGCGCAGCAGCAGGGAGGAGGAGCCGUAGUCACAGGUCGAAUCCCUGGAAGGGAGAGGAAGGCCUCACGCUCCGAUGAGAACGCACGGUCGACGGAGGUCUAAGUCAUCUACUCAUCUACGUAUUGUACAUUUCCGUUCUUCAGCAAAGCGAUACAUAUUAAAUCUAUAUAGCAUAUAGAGUGAAAUAUCUGUAUAAUCCGAAUCGAAACGAACCGAAAGCCAUUUUUCUCCAACACCUAACAAACACACACACAAACAACACACCACACACAGCUUACGAGUAUAUAGUGAAUUUUGAAUGUUCCUUCGUUCUCUGCUAAUAUUAAUUAAUGUACAUAAAUUAAACAAUUGUCUAUUUCCCAAUAUCUACUUGCUAAAAUAAGUUUCUAAAACUAAAUGUAUAUAUAUUCAGCAUACAUGCAUACAUAUACCCCCAUACCCCCUACGAUCUACGAUAGCUAUUCUCUAUAUAUAUAUAAAUUGUAUAACACUUGACUUCCUCCAAGAACUUGAAACACCAAUUUACCCAAGGCAACCCCUAAGCGACAUGCCGCCAAUUUUUAUCUAAUCCUCUCUACCAAUUACGAAAGCGAUCGAUUUAUGAAUGUACGAUUACUAGUUCUAUUAGCAUAUUAGCACUAACAUCCCCUGUUGAGUGCGCGCUAUGUUUAUUAAAUAUUUUCUUUAUCCAACAGAAAACCAUACAUACAUAUUUGUUUUGUGUAACUAAUAACAACGUUUGUACAUGCCGCAUGUGUGUCGUGUAUAUACCCUGAAUAUUAAUUUAAAAGCAAUUAGCUAUAAUAUAAUAUUAUUCAUAUUUAUAGAGCCAAAACUACCCAAAACCUAAAAUAUAA